CUCAAAUUCCAUAACCCAAAAAAAUAAAAUUGACCAUUGCCCUCUCACCAUUGGCAUUCUUCAACUGCACCCUUCCUUUCCUACUCCCUCCCUUCCUUUUCAUAACCAACACGCAUUUCUUAAUCCUCUCUCUCCUCUCUCUCUCUCUCUCUCUCUCUCUCUCUCUGUGCAUGAGACUGAGAAGGAGAAAUGUGUCCCCUCCGACUGGUUCUGAUAUUCCUCUCCGCCACCCUCGCCGGCUUCUUUGUCCUCAGAAACCUCAAAUCCGACGACCCCAAAUUGGAGCCGCCGCAAGAUGACCAAGAAACCCACCAUUUCCAAAACCCCAACAAAUCUCCCGACCGGUUCUCCAAGGUUCGCACCGCCGUGGAAUUCGGGUUCUGGACCGUCGUGGACAUGGCCAGCGGACGCUACCUCUGGAGGCAUUUGUCGUCGCCGGCGGCCGCGAAGCUGUCGGAUUGAUGCUGUAAUUGAUGGGAAUAGCACACGAGUCCAGGUUUGAGAUUGACUCGUAUGAAUCUAAGAUAUUGUAAUUUUGGAAGGACCCAAUUGAAAAAAAAAAUCCGAAAUGUUGUAUGAUGUUUGCAAAUGGUGUGCUGUAGCUGUAAUUAGUACUAUCCAGAAACAAUGUCAAUCGAAUUUGUAUUGUAAAAUUGCUGUUUUACACUAUCUGGUUCUGGUUUCUGUAUUAUCUAAUAAAGUGUGGUGUGGGGAAAUUUCACUAAGACAUUAUCCACCUCUAUAAAGCUAA